UAAUAUUUCAUCAAACACCUCCACCCCACAAAUCUUUGCCAACUCCAAUUUUUGUCCCCCUUCUUCCUCGUCUGUUUGCUUCCAUAAUCUAUUUAUUUGUAUUUUCAUGCUGCAAACACUACUUUUCAGUCCUUAAUAAAUUGCUUCAAAUGACAUCUGCUUGGUUUAUUUGCUUCAAUUGAUUCACUCAUUUCGAGCUCUGUAAAUAUUGGUUUAUUAUAAGCAUCUUGGUGAUCAUCCAUGGGUUCAGGAAACUGGCUUAGAUCAUUCAUUUGUUUAAAGAAACAUAAACCAAACAGAUCCAAACAAGCAAAGACCCCAUCAAUACAGGUACACUCGAGUAAUGAAAAAUCAAAUGGUGAUGAAAGGGUAGAAGAACAUGAGGGUCCUGAAGUGGCAGCGGCUGGGAGUUCACAAAGCAGUCCUGGAAUUGCCGUUGAACAAAGAGCGGCUGCUAAAAUUCAGAAGGCAUUUCGGUCUUACAGGGCAAGAAAAGCAGUCCGCCGGCUGAGAGAUGCGGGGAGAUUCAAGAACAUAUUGAUACAGGGACAUACAGUGAAGAAACAAACAACAAGCACGCUAAGCUAUUUACAUUCAUGGUGCAAUGUCCAGUCUCAAAUCCGAGCUCGGAGAAUAUGUAUGGUUACAGAAGGCAGGCUUAAGCAAAAGAAAAUGGAAAACCAGAUGAAGCUUGAGGCUAAACUCCAUGAACUGGAGGUAGAAUGGUGUGGUGGGUCUGAAACUAUGGAGGAAAUUCUUUCCAGAAUUCAACAGAGAGAAGAGGCAGCAGUUAAACGCGAACGAGCCAUGGCAUAUGCCUUCUCCCAUCAGUGGAGGGCAAAUGCGAGCCAAUAUCUUGGACAAGCAUCCUAUGGUGCAGGCAAGGAGAACUGGGGUUGGAGCUGGAUAGAGAGAUGGAUAGCGGCGAGGCCAUGGGAGGUGAGGAUUCAUUCUCAGCCUAUUCACCCAAAGAAAACUCAUGGCAGGCAGGCAAGCAAAUCGGAGAAAGAGAUGAAAGUUUUGGCCUCGGUGAAACCCUGUUUGCCAAAUGGGAAAGUUGCUCCAAAAGCCAAAAACGGUGCCCCAUCCGAUGGCUGAAAUCAAUGAUAUUUCGUGGAGCUUUGUCACUGACGGAUGAAAGCUGUUUUUUUCUUAGCUAUUUUUGGAGUGAUUCAAUACGAUUUUUUUGUCUUGUACUUUGUGUGGAUUUGCAACGGCAUUGUAUACAAUAACAAACAGGGUUUUUGCACCAUGAAAUUCAAGAGUGAAAUGACUAAGUUAUUUGGAUUAAA